AUGAAGGCCUUCAUCGUUCUAGCAUUGUGUGUGGUGUCCGCUUUUGCCGGCCUAGAAGAGGACCUCUGGACCUCGUUCAACAAAGUUCGACCUACUGGUUUGGAAGGAUACGAAGAGCCACGGUUUGAUGGCAGAAUUGUAGGAGGAAAUGAAGUCAGCAUUGGUAACUUCCCAUACCAGCUGUCACUUCGUCACAAUGGAAACCACAUCUGCGGUGCCUCCGUCAUCUCCAGCAACUGGGCCUUGUCUGCUGCUCACUGUACCGUGUCUCCUGUCACCGCUGGAUCUGCUACUCUGCGAGGAGGAAGCGCUAACCGUCUCAGUGGAGGAGUCAUUUUUGCCGUAGCUCAGAUCGUAAACCAUCCACAGUACAACGCUAACACCAUCAACAACGAUGUGUCGGUUCUGCGUACCACCACUUCGUUCUCUGGAGCUAAUAUUGCUGCCAUCACUAUUGUCCCAAGUGGAACCAACUUCGCUGGUGGUACUCGUUCCGUUGUUUCUGGAUGGGGUCUGACCGCUGCUGGAGGAUCUCUACCGACCAAUCUGCGUGCCGUUGAUAUCCCAGUUGUUACUCUCGCCACUUGCCGCAACCAGUGGGGAGCUGCCCGUAUCACCGAUAGCAUGGUUUGCGCCGGAGAGCCAGGACGUGACUCUUGCAAUGGAGACAGCGGUGGCCCAUUGGUAACCGGGGGUCGCCAGUUCGGUAUUGUCUCAUGGGGUGCAGUUCAGUGCGGUGGAAAUCUGGCUGGAGUGUACGCUAACAUUGGUGCUGCUGUCAUUCGCAACUUCAUCAGCUCAAACACUGGUGUGUAGAUGGAAAAUAAAUUGAUUUUGUGCAUUUGA